GCACUCAAAAAGGGAAAGAGGUUGAGAAGCAUCGGGACCGCGCUCAUCUGUUUGACUGGCAAAAGCCUCCGGUGUAAAAGGCCAGUCAUCAUUAUGGGGGAGCCGGGACCCCGAGACGGGGUGGACCCUGACCGACCGACCGCAGCGCGCAGCUCCUCCAGGCGCUUUAUACCCGGAUAAUACCAGCCUGCGUGUCCGAUCGUACCCAGACAGUGCGCCGCAGAAGAGGCAGUGAUUGCUGGGAUUCAAGUCAGAGUCGCGACUGGUGGGUGAACCAGCAGAGAGGGACGUGAGGAAACUGGGAAGAGUAGCUCUGAAUUUGGAGAAUGAUGGAUGGAUGGUCGAUAACGAGCCGGCCCGGUCAGCCCAGCCCAGUCAGAGCAGGGUGGGUUCAUCCGGAGUGAAAUCCCUCGGCUCUUAUCCAUUGGCUUUUCCUCCGCCGGGUGGCGAUGUCCGCUUCCUGCCUCGACCUGCAGACGUCUGCCGCGGGUUCAGCACCACUGGAGCUGGACAGCGACUGCAUGGAGCCCCGGCCCGGCGCAGCUCAGGAUUCCGGCGACUUCCAGGGUCACCCGCUGCGGCACGCCGGCACCGGAGGCCUCGGCAUGGCCUUGGAGGAGGAACUUGCCAUGCUCACCGGGGAGCGGGACGACGAGGAGGAGCUGCCGGACUUAGAGAUGCCUGUCGUGGGGCACAACGCAGACCUACUGUCGCUCUUCCGCCAGAAGGAGAAAGACUUGGUUUUAGCUGCUAAACUCGGCAAAGCACUGCUGGAGAGAAACCAAGACUUGAGCAAGCAAUAUGAGAAAAUGCACAAAGAUCUCAACGAGAAAUUGGAGCACUUGGAGCAGGAUAAGCACGAGUUACGUCGGCGACUGGAGAGAAGAGAGGGGGAGUGGGAGGGUCGCGUGGCCGAGCUGGAGACGGACGUCCAGCAGCUGCAGUGCGAGCUAGAGCUCCACCAGGUCCAGCUGAGGGAGGCUGACAGGGACAAGACCAAGGCCAUCAGCGAGCUCUCUGAACAGAACCACAGACUGCUGGAGCAACUCAGUAGGGCUGCAGAGGUGGAGAAGCAGCUGUCCACUCAGGUCCAUUCAUUACGUGGCGACUUCAGGGAGAAGAGCAUGUCUACGAGACAACACAUGACAGGACUGGAGACUCUACAGGCUGAGAUUAAGAUGCUGUCCGAGAGGAAGAUGGAGCUGGAGCGCAGGGUGCACAUCAUGCUGGAGGAGAACGAGCUGCUGCAGAGCACAGUGGACGACUUCAGAGAGAGGACGCUGGUGUUGGAGAAGCAGUGUCAGGAGAAGGACCUACAGUUGCGGCAGAGCCAGCUGGAGCUCCAGGAGGUUCAGGUGUCCCACAGGCAGCUGACCUCUCGGCUGGAGGAGCUGUCAGAGGAGCACAGCCUCCACGGCCUCACCCCACACCCAUCCAGUCUGCUGUGUGAGAUAGAACAGAGCAUGGAGCAGGAGGAGCAGGAGCAGGAGAGGGAGCAGUUGCGUCUCCAGCUGUGGGAGGCCUACUGCGAGGUCCGCUCACUCUGCUCCCAUCUCCGGGGAAACGACAUCACCGACUCGGCGCUGUCAACCGAUUCUUCCAUGGACGAUUCCUCUGAGACGUCCUCUGCCAAGGAUGUGCCUACUGGCAGCCUCCACACCGGCCUUCUGGAGCUGCGGAGGCUGACACAGAACCUGCUGGAUGGCAACGAGUCCACGGGCUCGCGGCGCAGCGAUGAGGAGGCUUUGGAGGAGCAGGUGAGGAAGAUGGGAGAAGAGCUGAGGGAGGUCAGAGACCUGCACGAGGCGGAGCAGGACAAAACACGCAGUGGCCAAGGGGAGCUGCUGCAGCUGCACAAUCAGAUGGCGCUUCUCUCUGUAGAGAUGUGCUCUCUCAGGGAGGACAACCAGCGGAUGAGGGUGAUGGCUGAGAUACGAGAACCCAGCGAGCAGCUCCAGAGUGCCAUCAGAGACCGCGACGACGCCAUAGCCAAAAAGAAAGCAGUGGAGAUGGAGCUAGCCAAAUGUAAAAUAGACAUCAUGUCUCUGAAUAGCCAACUCCUGGACGCCAUCCAGCAGAAGCUCAACCUGUCGCAGCAGCUGGAGGCCUGGCAGGAUGAUAUGCACAGAGUGAUUGACCAGCAGCUGAUGGACAAGCACCAGGACGAGUGGCGCUCGGCCCCACCCUCCCUGUCGCGGGCCCAUGGCAGCCAGUCCUCCAGGCGAGCUCACCGCAUUUUAGACCAGGACAAGAGACUUUUCUCUUUUUUCAAAAAGAACUGAGAACCUGUUGGACUGUCCCUGGGCGCAGCAGAAAGACAGAGAGGGACGACGGCGAGGGAAGAGGAGGGAGAGACAUCAUAGAGCAGGGGGAACGACACAGCCAAAGACGGGCCCGUGGCACACGUUGAGGUUUGGGAGGGGGGUCAUUUUGCACUUUAUCUGUCCCAUUACUCUUCUCCUGACUGAUUAACUGGCGACUGCUGACAGUGAGAGAUGGAAAUAUGAGAUCAGGUCUUCCCCAGAGGGCUUGGCUUAAGCCCCUCUCGUAGAAAGAAAUCAGUCCCAACAGGACGUGAACAGGGUCACAAAGUUUACCUCCGAAACAGGAAGGUUUCCUUGUAGUGCCUAUGACCAUCUCUACUAGCCCACUGCCAACUCUGUAGAGAGGGGAACACAUGUACUCACUCUCAUCGUAUGCAUCCCAGUAAUCAGGGCCAGGGUGUCUGGGGGAAGACGGGUGGAUUCCUGGGACAGUGUGGGUUUAUGGGAAAAGAUGGGGACGACGAUCAGAGUGGUGAAGCUGCAGCCAAUCAACCCAAUCGCUCAGGUUCAUUCAUUUGUCCAGGGGAUGUUCAGAACAUGAAGCAACAGCUUUACAUAUCAGGACCAUCGCAUAGUGUAUAUUUGAUAAAACAUAAAUGACAUUAUUUUCUUUAAAGACAGCCAUGCACAGAGUUUUACCAUGCUCCAAUGUCCCAGACCCAAAACUUUAAAGAUAAAGAAAGACUUUAAAGGGACACUACAGAAAUGGACUUCUAAGAGAUAUUGAAACUGCACUAAACAAUAUUUUUAUAUCAGAAAGAGAUCAUAUAGCCAUGUAUAAUGUAAAUGUGAAAGGGGCCACCAAAUUAUUUUUUAUCCAUACAUCAUCUCUACCCUUUAAACUUUGUUGGCAGCGGGGAGACUGGAGCCAGUCACUGGUGAACUGGGGCGGGAGGGGGGACGGGGGGGGACAGGCCCUCAGUGUAAUGCAGAGCUGACUCAGGGCUAUUUAUUGAAUUUGUUUACAGCUUCAUGUUUUCACCACUCCAGUUAACCCAGAUUUCAGCAGGCAGCUCCAGUAUGUUCGAUUCCCAGCUCUAAACAGAAGUGAGCGACCCGCUGGUGAACAGAGUGAAGUGUUUGCUGGAGCUCCAAAACUGAACUAGAGGGAGAGUUAGUAUUGAUUUAAAAACUUGUUGGGCGGCUCAGUAACACGACUCCAAAUUACUGCUUCUCCCGCCUGCUGAGACGUGUGAACAACUGUUUGUUGAACAACUUUAAAAGCUGAAAUUUGACUUGGCUGUGUUUACGGCUAGUUCAAUUAGACAGUAAAAAAAAAACACUGCAGCUUUUAAAUCAGCACCUGAGGCUGAGAUAUCCUCUAUAUUAGUCCUCACCAGGUUAUAUGGGAAAGAUCAGAUCCUACACAUCCCUUAAUGAAGCCAAUAAUGCACCUCAUGUUACGAAAACCCCAUUUUUGUCAUCAAAAUGCCAUUAUCAAGUUUCAUGUAUAAAACAAGUACAACACAAUCUAGUGUGAGCAGGGAAAUAGGAUCCUUGAACUAAGUGAAUGUAUGAACCAGCACUUUUAUUUGAAUCAGUCGCACACAAGGCCUUCAUGUUCAUCUCCGACAUCUAAAUAAACCUGCGGUGGGGGGGCUCAGCUGGUACGUUCUUCUACAGUUCACAUCGAAUUGUAAUCCCAUUUAAACAUUAAUGCUUUUUCAAAGAAAAGUCUGGCAUUGUCCUCAUGAUGUCAAUCAUCUUCCUAGUUGACCAAAUUUUUUAAAAUGUUUACACAUCAGCUUGAGAUGGAGGCAGAACUACAGCUCAUGGAUUCUCGAUCAAGUCGAUCGAUCAAGCUCAACGAUAACCUGCAGAACUUCAUGUCAGUGAACAGAAACUUCCUCUGCAGUGCUCGACGUCUGAGCUGCGCUGGUUCACCUCAAAUAGAGAAGCUCUACCUCCAUUCUCAUAGCUUUAAUACUUCAUGAGCACCUUGUUUUCUUAGCUGCCGGGCUUCCGUUUCUACGUGACAUAUCUGUUCCUCCAUUGGUUAAACAUCUGUGUUUUGACCUGAGAUCUCUAUCGAGCGUGAGCGACUCACAGCGCGGCACAGUGUCUGUCUGCGUCUGGACUCGUGUCGGACGCAGCUGUGCAAACCUAUGCAGAUGUCUUCUCUUCAUUUCGGCUGGUCGUUGGAAGGAUCAACCCAAAGAAUGAUUUUUUUUAUAAUAAGUCGAAUACGUUUGGAUGAAAUCGAUAUAUUUAUAAAAAAAAUGCGUAUGUUUUGAAUGAAAUUCUUUUCUUAGAGAGAAAUAUACCUGUACAUUGUUGUUUGUAAAGGCUCCUUAUUCAUGUGUGUUCCAACAGUAAGCAGGGGUUCCACUGGUGAUCACUCAUACAUGUGUUUAUGUGUGUGUGCGUGUGUGCGUAUGGCAUGCAGCUGAAGUGGCUGGAGAUAUUCAUGAGUCCUUCCAAGUUCUGUUAUGUGAGAAGACUCAUCAGUGUUUUUUUAUUCCAGCAGAACCCCAAAAUCCAGUUGACAGCUCCUGGUGCCACUUUUUGAUAAGCCAACUCUAUAAACAGUUUUUAAGUCGUAAUGGUUUUAUUGAUAGUUUAUAUAUAUGGAUUAAUGAGAAAAAUCUGAUGGAUUGGAAAAAAAUGAGUUAUUCAUAAUGUAAUUUAACGAAACGUCAGGUUAGAAAUGUCAGAAAGUAAACAUACUGCCCAAAAUAUCUAACCAUUCCUCUAUUAGUAAAUGCCAUAGACAAUGGCAAAAAAUGUCAUUGUAAACGCUAAUAUGUUAUUAAUUAAGAUUUAUUGGAAUGGGCUAGAUUACCAAUUUGGCAACUGUAAAAAACAAAUUCUAAGGCUUUGCUGUCAUUUAUGAACAGGUCAAAAUUAGGUCAAAUAUUUCACUUGAUGAGUCUUGCUGAUGAAUUAAAAAGCUAAAAAGUCUAACUGGGUAUCCAGAGGAAGUUAAACUAAAACCCUGAAGAUAUUUCAGAACAUAAAAAGACACAUUUUCUUCAUAUUAUUAUCCAACCAUCCAUCAUCUAUAUAACAUUUAUUCUCUUAAAGUUGUGGGGGGAGCACUACAACUUAUCAAUAUUCUAAAAUACCUAAAAAAACCCAUCACAAACUAUUUUUGGAUCUAAUUACAGAAGGACUAAAGAUUAGUGAAGGAUGUAUUAAACAUUAAUAAAACCAUUAAAAACUCUGUAAGAAGUUUGCCUUAUUAGAAUGUUUUUUUACUGCUCCUGUCUGAAUGGAUGUGAUCAGACAUUUUAAAGAAAGAUAGAAACAUGAUUUUUCCCUCAUAGGUCUGAACAUGUUUCUGAAAAGUCAGAAAAUGAGUUGAAUAAGAAAGAGUGUGUGUUUGUAGUUUGAGACUUCUGAUAGUUCCUCUUCCCCAGAGAAAGAGCCGCCUCUUCCUCCUGAUGGCUGGGAUUAAACACCAGCCGCUGCUGCCAGCACCACACUGUAAUUAGUCUCCUUUCAUUCCAUGUUUUUUGUUAGAAAACAACACACUGUAAACAUGUUUGUUUUUUGUCCACAUAGCGUCCUAAUUGCUGUUUCUGUUCCUUGUUUGUAUGAGACUGUUGCUGGGACACUGUAGACUGUACCGACAGCAUUUCAAAACGUCUGCUACAACAUUGUGAUGCUGCCACUGAGGGUGGAGUGUGUGAGUGUGUGUGUCACAGCAUUUGACACACACAAAAUCAAUGACACACACUGAGUGUGUGUAUUUUCUGUUGCUUGUCUCCACUCAGUCGGAUGUUAUUUUGGAAUGUCAGUGCUUCGGCUGGUCUCAUUGUGCUGUGUGAGUGCUUUCAUUCACCUCUGACUAACGGCACUGUUUCAGUUACAGAAUGCUUCAAACUAUUCAAAAUAUUUACCAUGCAAUUUUCUGAGCAUUUUUUUCUACAAAUAAACACUUUACAAUCUA